CAGGCCGGUGGCCCAUUCGCCUGUCUGCCCGUCUGUCAGUCUGUAUGUCUAUCUUUGAAUUCACCCCUCUCCUUCCCUGUCUGUCUGUCCCUUAGUGUGUCUGUCAGUCUUGCCGUGUGCCUCCCCACCUGCUUGUCCCUUUGUCUGUCCUUUUAGGUCUCCCUGUGUUCCUGUGCCUGCGUCAGUCUGUUCCCUAAUAGUGUCUUAGUCCAUUCCCAGUCUCUGUGUCAGUCCAUUUCAGUCUGCCUCAGUCCACUCCAGUGUCGUCUGAGUCCGGUCCAGUGUAGUGUCCAGGUCCAGCUCCGUGUCUGUCUUAGUCCAGUCCUGUGUUGUGUCUGAAUCUGUUUUGUCUUGUGGCUUAGCUUUGUUCCGUACGUGUCAGUUUGGUCCAGUCCGUUCCUGUCUUGUCAAGCCCAGUCCCUUCUUGUCUAGCCUUGUCCAGUGUUCUGUCUUGUCUCAGUCCGGUGUUCUGUCAUGUCUUAGUCCAGUCCAGGGUUCUGCCGUGUCAUAGUCCAGUCCAGGAUUCUGUCUUGUCAUAGUCCUGUUCAGGGUUCUGUCCUGCCCUGCUAGUCCAGUUCAAUGUCGUCUGAGGUCCUGCUCCAUGUCGUCGUCCCGAGUCUAGUCUCAGCUUGUCUGCUCCUGUCCCGAGUCCAGCCCCUGUGCCCGUCGCCUUCGUCAUCCAGUCUAGUUCCUGUGCCCGUCGCCGCCCAGUCCAGUCCUGUGUUUUUGAGUCCCGAGUCUUGUUCCUUUCCAGUCCCGUUUUGUGUGUCACCCCCUCCCAGGGCCAGUCUCCUGGGAGGUCAGGAGACGUCCCUUGGGGGGGGUGGGGGUACUGUCAUGGUUCUGUGUCUGUCUGCGUUUCCUUUUUUGGGCCGCCAGAUGGCGGCACUUCAGUUUAUAGUUCUGUUCCUUUUCUCUGUCUAAUUGCAUUAUUGUUUCCAAUUAUUCAAUUAUUGUUUUUGAUUGUCUCGUUUUCCCUUUCCUCUCUGUGGCCUGAUUGUGCAUUGUGCCCACCUGUGUCUCAUCAGUGUCUUGUCUAUUUAAGUUCUUGUCUUCCCUGACUCAGGUGCUGGAUCCUUGUGUGUGCUUUUCUGAUCGUGUUUCGGUUUAAGUGAAAUCCGUAUCCGUGAGGAUGACAUCAGCAAACUCGCCGGGAACAUUCUCUACCUCACCGAGGACCCUGAAAAAGCAGAGAAUGCCAUUGAAAUAGGGCAUGCAGCUGCCAUUAUGUUCCCCAAUGACCAGGAAGUGCAAUGGAGCGAUGAAAAACAGCUUCGUGUGGCCUUCGACGGGGAUGGCGUUCUGUUCUCUGAUGAGUCUGAGGUUGUUUUUAAGAAGAAAGGGCUGCAAGCCUACACAGAAAAUGAGGAUGAUUCUGAGGACAUCCCUCUUGCAGAGGGCCCCCUGAGGUGAGGUAGCAUACAGUGCAAAACAAAAUUGCCCCCCCCAAAAAAAUGGCUGCAAACAUUUUGUUGAAAUGACCUUCAUCAGUGACUUUUAUUGUAUUUAUAUUGCUUGAAUAAAAUGAUACACCUUUCUAAUGGACAUCCCGAUUUUCACUGGAAUGCACGUUUUCUAUUUGAUGCUUUAAUAAUUCUUAUGCUGACAGCUGCAGGGGAAGCAGCUGGCUGUCGGACCGAUGCAGGUUGCAUCCAGGUUGUCCAUGAAACCAAGGCUGUCCACUUCUUUUUGCUCCGCGCAUCUUUCCAGUUUUUCCAAAUGCAGAAUGAGACCACGGGCUACAUUUCGUCCCAACAUCGCAGGGCCAGACAGAUAUUCCAGCAUAAACGUUGAACAAUGCUGGAAUUCUGCAGCUUGGAAUUGUGUUUCUGUAUUAAAGACUGCCAAACCCUGCUACUAGCAUCGCUCCGCUCAGUUGAGCAGUCCGUUAAAGGGUUAAACAAUUCCCUGCUUACGUGUUGUUCAGUUUCUUUGUCACCUGCUUUUUUCACUGAAGUCACAUGGUUCAGCGACUAUCUGCAGUCACAGAAUAUUUAUUGGCCAGCAGACGUCAGCCGGUUGAUACAAGUUAAUAGCAUAUUUAACAUUUUCUGUUAAUUGCAUUUAUGAGCGCCAUGGAACCCAAACUGGGAACUGGACAGGAUGACAAAGGAGACAACAAAGAUGGGGCCGUGGCCAAAAGUGAAACCAUGACCAUUGCAGUGUCUGCAAGCACACUGUUUAUCAUGAAUGACCAACAAGCAAGUAAAACCAACAGGGAAAAGAUUUUGAACCUGGGAGUGGCAUUUCCUUUUGUUAAGGCCUUGGUGAAAGCGAAUUACUAUUUCCAGCAGCUUUACCCUGACAAUGAGAUGCCAUUCAAAAUCUUCCUGAUGAAUAAUACAGCCACACAAGAGAAAUGCCUCAGAGACAGCCUCAAUGAGUUUAGUCUAAGUGAAAUCUGUAUCCAUGAGGAUGACAUCAGCAAACUCCCCAGGAACAUUCUCUACCUCACUGAGGACCCUGUAAAAGCAGAGAAUGCCAUUGCAAUGGGGCAUGCAGCUGCCAUUAUGUUCCCCAAUGACCAAGAAGUGCAAUGGAGUGAUGAAAGACAGCUUCGUGUGGCCUUCGAUGGAGAUGCUGUCCUGUUCUCUGAUGAGUCUGAGGAAGUUUACAAGAAGAAAGGGCUGGAAGCCUUCAUAAAAAAUGAAAAGGAUAAAGAGGACACCCCUCUCAAAGAGGGCCCGCUGAAGUGCUUUCUGGAGGUUCUCUGCUACCUGCAGAAAAUGCUCAGUGACAGGAGUCCAUUCAAAGUGCUGACCUACCUGGUGACAUCCCGCAACCCCAUCAUUUGUGGGACCAGGGCCCUGAAGACUCUGACCAGUUGGGACCAGGAGGUCAACCAGGCCUUCUUCAUGGCCAAGAGCCCCAAGGGGCCGCUCUUGGCAACGAUCCGCCCGCACAUCUUCUUCGAUGACCAGAAGUCGCACAUCGACAAGGCGCUUGAGUGGGGGGUCAUCUCUGCCCAUGUGCCUUAUGGGAUAGGAUACGAAACCUGCAAGGGUGCCGCUUGUGCAUUUUAACAAGCUGUUAAAAUGCACAGCAAAGGUCAGCAUUAACUGGAGCUGGGCUGCGGGUCUAUUUCUUUGUCUUUCCUCUCUUUUAUAGUUUAUCCAUGGAAUGCAGAAACUGACAAUAAUUCAUAGUUUAAUUUUAAGUCAUUUGACUCAGCUUAUUGCAAAUGCUCUAAAUUAAAAAAAAAAUGGGUUAAUUUCUUUAAGCUUAUAAUGCUACAUUAAGAAUAAAAACUUUUAAAAACAU